AUGCGCUUCAACACCCUGAGGCCGGGAUCCUCCCUCCUCCUCACCUCCCUCCAAAACCUCACCCUCACCACCACGUCCACCGCAGCCGCAGCCGCAUCCCGCGCCUUUUCAACAUCAACCCCCCUCGCCACAAAGACAAUCGCCCUCCAAAAGAUCCCAACCUCCGCCGUGCCCCCCUACCCCCACGGGCCCCGCCUCCUCUACAAACAAUCAAACACCGGCCUCUACGGCACAUCCCGCAUCCGCCACGGCCACAACGUCUCCCCGAAACACCACCAAGUCACCCCCCGCACCUGGUGCCCCAACGUCCACCGCAAGCGCCUCUGGUCCGCCGCCCUCGGCGCCUGGGUCCGCACCCGCCUCACCACCCGCGUCCUCCGCACCGUCCGCAAGGAAGGCGGCAUCGACGCCUACGUGACCAAGAACAAGGCCGCGCGCGUCAAGGAGCUCGGCCCGGGCGGCUGGAAGCUGCGCUGGCUCGUCAUGCAGACGGCCUCGUUUCGCGAGCGCUACGUGGCGGAGAGGCGGGCGCUCGGCGUCGAGGGCCCCCCGGCGGAGGACCAGACGGAUCUGGUGACCGUCAUGGUGGAUGCUGCUACGCCUGGGCCGUUGAGCGCCGUCAGCAGGGGGAUUCUCGAGGCGCGGGCUGCGCAGAUGAUUGCCGAGGAGUUUGCGCUCGGCGACGAGGCUGAGUUGGGGGGAGCGGAGGAUGAUGGUGCGCUGUACGAGGCAGUUCACGUGCCUGGUCUCGAGGAGCCGGUUACUGAGACGCGGAUAUGA